AUGCGAGCGCGGCUCCUUGCGCUGCUUCUCACCGCACUUCCAUUGUGGGCUGAGGAUGCUUGGGAUCACUGGGCCGACUCAUGCCCGCCUUUGCCAGCAUCUCUGGAAACCGUCGGGGAGACGUUCGCCUGCAUCCAUCGCAUGCAGCGGGCAGCCCUCAACUACUUCAUCCGCCAGUGGUAUCAGCGGAUCGAGGUCCUCGCCUUGCAGGCCGGCCGCUGCGAAGAGAGUCGGCCCGGCCAGGUGGUUCUUGCGGUCCUCGACCUCCUCGACCGCGUCCUUUGCAUGGUCAAGAUGGAGCCCUGCUUCGAAACGCGAGGCAGCUACGACCGUGCGCUGCAAGUCCCUUGCGCAAAGCUCGCAGAGACUGGCUUGAUCUCCUGUAACGAAAUGCAGGAUCUCCGCCAAGUGCCCGAAGACCUUUUCGCGACAUUGGAAGCUGCCAUUGCAGACUGCCCUAUCAAGGACGACCCAUUUUGGGCAGCUGUGCAUCAGCCUCGAGGCAUCGCAUGGUCGCUGGGAGCGCACCACGCCUACAAGUCUUGUGAUGACGAUGGACCGGAUCUCGCGUCGAACUUGAUUUGCGGUGGCUGGUCCGGGAUCCUCCUGGAAGGCCAUGAGGUCCGUAAUGCAAAGCUCCGGACCUUUUUCGAAGACCGCAGAGAUGUCGCUUUGCUGUCGCAGCUGGCGGAGGUGCGCUCCGUCGCUGCUAUGCUGGAGGAUGCCACUUGGAACAACCCGUUCCUUCGCAACCAUGAGGUGGACUUGCUGCAGAUCACUUUGUCCAUCGAUGACUGUGGCAUCCUAGGGGCUUUGCUCAAGGGCGGCAUCCGACGGCCCCGGUUUUUGCGGAUCAUCUUCUGGCACCCGAUUCCUCCGCCGAUCGUUUACCGACCCGGCUCCCAGCGUCAGCUGGGCGACUGGUACGAGGACGUGUUCGAGCUGACAGGAGAGACCUGCUCUUUACAAGCUGUCUUCGAUGAGGUGCAACAGCACUACGGUUUGUGGAGUCUUGACUUGCGCGACUGCGACAAGGCCAACUUCGUUCGCCGUGACGUGGCCGCUGAGCUCGGCGUAGACCUUGUGGAGGAGGAUGCACUACCAGAAGCCUGGUACAGAAGGUACGCUAACGGCGAGUGUCUGCUGAACAGCCACGUCUUCGACACGCUGCUCAUGGACCCGAGGCUCAUGUUGGACGAGCAGCGGCCGAUCUCCGAGAAGAUGGAGCUUUGGCAGGCACACAUCCAAACCAUCGGCCGGAGCGGCACGGUGUCCGGAUGUCUUCACAGAUCAAAUGUCACCUACAGGAUCAAUAUGACAAUCCAGACCCUCGCCAUGGGUGCGGGUGCCUCGGCCGUCCUGGAUGAAUCCACCAUGCGGCAGUUCAUCUGCGAAGAUCUCGAGCGAGCCGAACGGGUUCUUACAACAGCCCAACGGCUGGUAGAACAGGAGAAGCGCGUUCGAGCCAAUGCUGACGGGCCCGGGGUGGCGAACUCCUUGAAUAUCCAGGGUUUGGACGGAUCGACAUUUCAGCUUCCAUUUGGCGAUGCUACAAGUGUUGCAGACCUCUCCAAGCAAAUCGCAAAGAAGAUCGAGCUGAACCCAAGCAGCACUUUGGUGCUGACUUCCGGUGGCAGCGUGUUGAAUGAAUCCCAACCACUACUGGAACAAGUCGCGUCUCGGGAAGUCAAUUUCGUCGUAAAGCGAGUCAGUCCCUAUGUGGCUGCAAAGAGUUUCCAGCAAGCCGUACAAGAGUCGUCAAAGACGAGCUUGAGCGCGGCAGAUUUGAGCGCAAUCGAUGCGGUUUCCUCAUUGGCCACUAACUCCAGCUUCAACCAGACGUUGGAAGAUGUCCCUCUGCCGAGCAGAUUGAAAACUUUGGUUCUGGGCUUUUAUUUCAACCAGAGCUUGAAAGGCGUGAGGUUUCCAAGCAGCUUGGAGACCUUGCGCUUCGGAGCUGACUUUGAUCAGAGCUUCGAGGAUGUCUUGCUGCCCGAGAGCCUGAAGGUCUUGAGCUUGGGUUCCGAAUUCGAUCGGAGUUUGCAGGGUGUGAAGCUCCCCGAAUGCUUAGAGACGUUGUCCUUUGAUUGGGCUUUCAACCAGAGCUUGGAAGGAGUCAUCCUGCCAAGUAGCUUGAAGACGUUGGACUUCGGAGUAGCUUUCAACCAGACAUUGGCAGAUGUCUCGUUGCCAAGCAGCCUGCAGACUCUCACCCUGGGUGCUUCUUUCAACAAGAGCUUGAAAGGUGUUGCCUUACCAGCAGGCCUCAAAACUCUGAGCCUUGGAAGAGCAUUCAACGAGAGCUUGGAAGGCGUCACAUUCCCGCAUGGCUUAGAGACCUUGACCCUCAGCGAUUUCUUCAACCAGAGUCUAGAAGGUGUUGCAUUGCCAAGCAGCUUGCGCAGAUUGAACUUUGGUGAGGCAUUCAACCAGAGCUUGGACAGCGUAACGCUUCCGAGCGGCCUGGAGGUGUUGGCCUUUGGCCACCAGUUCAGCCAGAGCUUGGAAGGGAUUACGUGGCCAAGCAGUCUGCAUACAUUGACUUUGGGGAACCAUUCCAAGGAGCAGCUGGAAGCUGCGAAGUUGCCAAGCACUUUGCAGACUCUGACCUUUGGCAGCAAUUUCAAUGAUCCUCUAGAAAGUAUCAUGCUGCCAAGCAGUCUGCAGACCUUGAUCUUUGGGGAGUUCUUCAACCAGAGCUUGAAAGAUGUGAAGCUUCCAAGUGGCCUCCAGACGUUGGAGUUUGGCUGGGAGUUCAACCAGAGCUUGCAGGACGCUGCUUUGCCAGGCAGCUUGCAAACUUUGAGGUUUGGUCAUGACUUUGACCAAAGCCUGGAAGGAGUGACGCUGCCAGGUAGCCUCAAGACGCUGGAGCUUAGCACGGAAUUCAAGACGAGCUUAGCAGGGGUCGUCUUGCCAAGUAACCUGCAGACUUUGGAGUUUGGGAGCGAGUUCAACCUGAGCUUGGAGGGCAUCGCGUGGCCACCUGGCUUGGAGACCUUAGCUUUCGGCUAUAGUUUCAAUCAGAGCCUGGUAGGCGUCACUUUGCCGAGCACCUUGCAGACUUUGACCUUUGGCGACAACUUUGACCAGAGCUUGGACGGAGUCACCCUGCCGAGCAGUCUUACGACACUGACUUUCGGCGGUGAAUUCAAUCAAGCGUUGGGAGGCGUCCAGCUUCCACCCAGCUUGCAAACCUUGACCUUUGGCAGGUGUUUCAACCAGACGUUGAAAGAUGUUGCUCUGCCAUGUAGCCUGGAGACCUUGACCUUCUUUGACGAUCUCGGACCGAGUUUGGAUGACGUUGUGCUGCCAAGCAGCUUGCGUAACUUACGUUGGCAGGGAAUCUCUGUCGAAUUAUUAUAG